AUGGCGCCCCGCCUCGGCUGCCUCCGGCCCCAGCAGCGCACCGGCGCCAUGCAUCUCGCCGUGGCACUGUGCGCGCUCGUGCUCGCACUGGCGCCCGCCUCGGGCGCCACCUACGUGCCGCUGCUGGGCAUCAACUACGGCCGGGUGGGGAACAACCUGCCGCCGCCGCAGGCCGCGCUGCCGCUGCUCCGCAACCUCGGCAUUGCCCGCGUGCGCCUCUACGACCCGGACCCGCCCACGCUGCGCGCCUUCGCCAAAACCGGCAUCGAGCUCUACGUCGGCGUCCCGGACCAGGCCCUCGCCACCGUCGCCGACCCGGCGGGCGCCACCGCCUGGCUCAAGUCCAGCAUCCUCCCCUCCCUCCCGGACACCAAGAUCGUCGCCCUCACCGUCGGCAACGAGGUGCUCACGGGCAACGACACGGCCCUCAUCCGCAACCUGCUCCCCGCGAUGCAGGCCCUCCACGACGCGCUCGCCGCGGCCAACCUCGACAAGCAGAUCGCCGUCACCACCGCGCACAACCUCGGCAUCCUCGGGACCUCCUACCCACCUUCCGCCGGCGCCUUCCGCAAGGACCUCCUCCCGGUCCUCUGCCCCAUCCUCGACUUCCACGCCCGCACCGGCUCCCCCUUCCUCGUCAACGCCUACCCCUACUUCGCCUACUCCGACGACCCCAAGGGCAUCCACCUCGACUACGCGCUCCUCGAGCCCUCCUACCCCGGCGUCCCCGACGCCAACACGGGGCUCCACUACCCCAACCUCCUCGUCGCGCAGGUCGACGCCGCCUACCACGCCAUCGCCGCCGCCAACAGCGCCGCCGCGCGGACGGUCGAGAUCCGGGUCUCCGAGACCGGCUGGCCCUCCGCGGGCGACGCCGCCGAGAAGGACGCCGCCACCCCCCAGAACGCCGCGCGCUACAACAGCAACCUCAUGCGCCUCGUCGCGCAGUGGAAGGGCACGCCGCUCAAGCCCGCCGUGCCGCUGCGCGUCUACGUCUUCGCGCUCUACAACGAGAACACCAAGCCCGGCCCGGCGUCGGAGCGCCACUACGGACUGUUCAACCCCGACAGCACGCCCGUGUACCAGCUCACCUAUAUCCCCGCGCACGUCCCCGGCGGCGGCGGUGCUGGAGACAACACCACCGGCGGAGACAACGGCUACUACGACAUCUCCGAUGCGUCGCGGCAACCCACUGGUCGUGUCUGCUCAAAAGAGAUGCCACUUUAGGUGAUUGCAUCAUUGCUCGUUAGUGUAUUACUUUACCAUUCCAGCGUGCACAUGCUGGUCGGCGGUGGACAUGGGCGCAAGCUGCGGUGGCAGGAGGUGUCGCUCUCCUGA